ACGGCCCAGAGUGGCCAGACUCUUUAUGGGAUCCAUCGUGCACUGUCGUAGUGCGAAGUAACAGUUCUUCAGUUUUGCCUUUUGGCGUCGCAUUUAGUAGGCAAAGCGAGUUGUAAGAAGUACCUGACUUGGAAGUAGGAUUUGUUGUGUUGUAGUAGUACCUGUAGUACUAGUAGUAGCGGGCACGGCACACUUCGUCUUCUCGUUGCGGUGCGCCCUUGCUCUUGGCAAGGCUGGCUCAACUAAAGCCGUCCAUACUAGUAUUCCGGACUGUCGUGUGUUGGAAUUGGUGUGGGUGAGGUGGAGCAGAACAGCCGCCGCCCGCGCGCACUGUCCUGGCCAAACACAACAGCAACGUAUUAUCCUGCUCUGCCCAACAACCAUCUCGCUGUGAGCAGCAUUUCAUAGUUCGUAGCAGCGAUCGGCAGCAGCGUGUGGAGCACGAACGCUGGCGCUACCUUGACGAAGUGCAGACUGCAGAAUGUCGUGAUUUUUGCUGCGUCCAUGAAAGAUCCUCUACUCGUGUUGUCUGAGCACGUGUGGUUCUAGUGUUGGUUUGUGUGCGCUCCCGGAGUCUCGGAGCAAACGGGGCCUGUAUCGGGCCCCGGCGACGGUCAUGGGUUGCUGCACUAGCGAGCCAAUUCCCUCCAGUAAGCCUUCCAUAGACGCACAUAGCACAACGGUGCCGAAUCCGGGUGCGCAUCGCGACCCGUCCGGAUUCAACGCAUCCACGAACCUAUCCAACAGUAACCUGCCGCCGCCGAAUCAGCCCCCGCCGAAACUGCCCAUUGUAACAGCGACGAGUAGCGGUAGCGGAGAUCUUCAACCGUCAAUCGCAUCCAGCAAACUAUUCGUGGCUCUUUUCGACUACGAAGCACGCGUUCCUGAAGAUCUCACUUUCAAAAAGAAUGAUUUGUUAGAACUUGUGAAUGGCGAAGAUCCCAACUGGUGGCUGGCUAGACAUACGCGAACGCAGAAGGAGGGCUUCAUUCCCAGCAACUUCGUGGCAAAAGCUCAGUCCAUCGAUGCUCAACCGUGGUUCUUCCAAGGGUUUCGACGCGCCGAUGCCGAGAAAGCACUGUCACUCUGUGGUAAGCACGGGGCUUUCCUGGUGCGCAACUCUGAGACCAGCCAUGGUGAGUACUCUGUUUCGGUGCGAGAUCACGACGCCAUCAAGCACUAUCGGAUAAAACGCAACGCAGAGACGGGCAAAUACUACGUGUCGAGGCAAGCCCACUUCGACGACAUCAUUAGCUUAGUGGAGUUCUACAAGCUCAACCCGGACGUGGGCGGUCUGAGAUUAAAGUUCCCGUGCGACAAGCUCGACACGCCCACGCCGUUCAGCCUGUCCCACCGUGACGAGUGGGAGAUCGACCGCACGUCAUUGGAGUUCACCAAGAAGCUUGGUGCCGGCCAGUUUGGUGAGGUGUGGCAGGCGCAGUGGAACAACACCACCGAUGUGGCCGUGAAGAUGCUGAAAGAGGAGUCGAUGGAGCGGCAGGCGUUCAUCCAGGAAGCGCAGCUGAUGAAGGACCUGCAGCAUCCCAAGCUGAUCCGCCUGUACGCAGUCUGCACCGUCGGCGAGCCAAUCCUGAUCGUCACCGAGCUUAUGAGUAACGGAUGCUUACUAGACUAUCUCAGAUUGUACAAGACAGAUCUGAGAAUGCCACAUCUGGUGGAUAUGGCCUAUCAGAUUGCACAAGGCAUGAGCUACCUUGAGACGAAGAACUACAUCCACCGUGACCUAGCGGCCCGCAAUAUCCUGGUAGGCGAGCACAACACUGUCAAGAUAGCGGACUUUGGUCUUGCGCGGAUCAUUACAUCCGAGUAUAUUGCCCGUGCUGGUGCUAAGUUCCCCAUCAAGUGGACGGCACCGGAAGCGGCGCUCUACAGUCGCUUCAGUAACAAGUCCGAUGUCUGGUCGUUUGGCAUUCUCAUGGUCGAGCUCUUCACCAAAGGUCAGAAGCCAUACCCGGCCAUGAACAACGCCGAGACGCUGAAGCGAAUCGAAGAAGGCUACCGCAUUCCGCAGCCCACGGGCACGCCAGAUCCCAUCUACCAGAUGAUGCUGGACUCGUGGCACGACGAGGCAGCCAACAGGCCCACGUUUGAGUCGCUGAUGUAUCAGCUGGAGGAUUUCGUUGUCAACGACAAGACGUACUUAGAAGCAGUGGAGGCUCUCAACGGCCCGUGAUCAGGGUGUGUUGAGAUAUUUGCGUCCACCCACAAUACCAGUAUAGCCAGCUAAAAUCAGCGUGAUGAGCAGCAAGAGUGUUAGACAUACUCCAAGUGGAGUGCCUUGUAAUGACCAGCAGCUCGGCAGCCCAGUGCUUUGCCUAUACGGCGAUUCUAUCUGUGGUACCUUUCUCACACGCUUGCUGUCUCGACGAACUCUGGCAGUUAGUCUUCAAUUGACUUUGAAUACGGAUGUAUUGCAUGCCCGCUGCGUCCCAAGACGUGAUUUGCUUUGAAAAAUGUGAAUGUACUCACAAGCGCACCAACAGGACACGCUGCCUUGAACGGACUGUAAACCGAUAAUGCAGUAUAUCUAUUUUACUGCUGCAUCUCUUCAACUCAUUGGAGCUCUGAAUUGACAACUUAGCCUUUCUGUCUCCCUGUGCCCCUCUCUGUCUCUUUGUCUCUAUGUCUCUGUCUCUCUGCCUGCAUGUGUGUGUGUGUGUGUGUGUGUGUCUCUCUCUCUUUCUCUCCUUCCCUCCCCUCCCCGUGCUGUAUCGUGCCGGAAGUCACACGCAAAGUGAAGUGUGUUGUCUCGUUCAGAUAGGUGUCUUGCUUCAGCCUCGCCUGGCUACCUGGUUGGACAUGUGGCUGUCGCAGGUGCACGCCUGUGUUGGCAUGCAGCUCGCCAUUAUCAUGCAGUGCCCAUGUGGCUUGCCGACGCUACUGACUCACGCAGGCUGGAGCCAUACCUGUACCGCGGACACAGCGCGCGGAUGUACAAAUUGUCUAGUCAUCGCGUUUCUUCACAAUUCGUCACCCGACUUCCCGCGCUGUACUUUUGCAUGCAGUACACCCGGUACAUACUUAUCGUCUUGAUAUUUCGCCUCGUUUCAUUUUCCGCUUCGCUUUGGCUUCCUGCCCAAUACAUGUUCAUACAUAGUCUCAGCACGAAGUACCCCCCCCCCCCCUGCCCCUUGCCUGCCCUACCCUUUGAAAUGCACCAUAAUUGACUACCUGCGUUACCAGAUGCUUAGAUAUUUCUACGGACUUUCAGACUUUGCUACAAUUCACCUCUUUCGUGCCGCCUCAUUCCACAGUGACACGUGGGAACGAACUUUCACGACCCACUCAUUCUUUUAUUCAUCUUCAUUUCCUCUGUCUUGAUGUAUGCUAUUUUAUUUUUGCCACAUUUCGACGUUCCGGAGCUGAUUUAGAUUGA